ACUGGGGUGAAGUUAGGCCUCCCUCCCCUCCAAGCCAGACUCAUACCUUUCCCUUGCUUCUACCUCCACACUCCUUCUGGGUCUGGCCUGCAGCUGCCACCCGAUGAAGGGCCAGGGAAAGCCUGGCAGAGAGGUGGCUCCUGUGACUACCCCUCCUCCCUUCCCACACUAAGAAGGUGGGCCAGGCCUGGCUGCUGGUUUCUCUCUUGGCAGUUUCCGUUUUUUUUUCUUUGUAAUGCCAGUCAGUGCCAGCCUAAAGAAGGUUUUAGAAGCCCAACAGAAAAAGAGGGCCCUGAUGGACUGGGCAGGGAAGGGGUAAGGCGUCGCCAAAUAGGGAUUGUGGUCAAGAGCAUGCCACUUCCCAGAGGCCACUGGUGGGAGGAAGGGGGUUCUGAGGGGGGGCUCUGCUCUGCUCUGCACAGGGCUAUAAGAAGUGGCCAGUAGGAGCUAUCAUGGCCUGUGCCCUGGUCAUCUGGGGAGGGGUGGCUAGCUAGCUGGAAAAAGACGAAAUAAAAGCACUCUGGUUUUCAAGAUCCUCUCAGCCAAGCUUCCGAGCCAUUCUGUGGCUCCCCAGGGAGCAGGAGAGCAGCUAACAAACAGGUAUCUGGAAGCACAUCACAGACUCACCCGGAAGUGCUUCUUCUGGAGAGCUGCCCCCUGUUUCCCUGGGUUACUUGUGGGUGGGACUGAGGAAGAGGCUCAGUGGUCUUCUUCCCCUGAAGGAGGGUCAACUCUGAGGCCUAUCAGCCUGUUUCUGUUCCUUGAGCUUUUCAGUGGCGUUGUGUGUAAUGAAUUCUGAAUCUAGUCUUUCCAGGAUUUGUUGGACCCAGUCCUCCCUCAGGGCCCUGCUCAGGCCCUUCCCUAGGGGCCAGCAGGCGAUGGGAGAAGCAUUGCUUGGGAUGGCUUUGCCUCCUUGGAACUCGCUUCACAGGAGAGGAAAUGGCACCUGGCAAAGACCACAAGGCCAUUUCUGUGGGCCAAUCAUUCUGGCUGGGCCGCUGGGCAGGUGGGCGGAUGGAGCACAAACCCCCCUCCCCCACCUGGCGUGGGAGACUGGUAUUGCCCAAGCUUGUUUCUUGGUCCCUUUUUCUUUCUUUGUAGCCUUUUUUUUUUUUUUUUAUGUGUUGGCUGCAGCCGCGAGAAAGCCUGCUUUCUGGGAUCCUAGCCUAGAGUCCUUCACUUUGAGUUUUGAUUUCCUUUGCUUUUCCUGUCCACACCAGACAACCAGACUUGAUAUUCUCCCUGCCUGCUGACCGCCCUAUCACACGCUGUGACAUUUGACCCUGCUGCCUGAUCACCAGCCUGUUUGCUUCAGAGGCUGUCAGCACCACCCUGCUUCUGCCAGGGGUCUAGACUUUUCUUUCCUAGUUUAAAUGUGGUAGAGUGGCUAGGAGCUUAAAGCCUCAAGGCAGGCAAACAUGUCUCGUAUCUUAGCUCCGAGUGACACGGGCCUCUGCUCAUCUACAAAGUGCAAAUGAGAAGGCUGAAUCCAUGGCAUUGCUGGGACUAAAGGAGAGAGGGUGCGGAGGGCUGACGCCAAGCCUGGCCCAUCCAAUCCACAGCUGCAGAGGCUUGUGGGAGUACCCCAUGGGUACUUGUAUCCUGUUUUUCUGGGGGUCAGCUCCAUCCCUAACCUGCAGGGGAACCUUCAUAGCUCCUCUUUGCCUAUAGGCCUGGCUUCAUUUUAGAGGGAACUUAGUCCAGAGAAGCUGUAUUUUGGUUUGUUUCUGGCUGGGAGGCACACACACACACACACACACACGCACGCAUGCACGGAGGGUCAGGGCUAUCUAGAGGUGUGUUUAGGAAAGCCUGGGCUCCUGACCCUGUGGCCUUUCUCUUAGACCUGGUUGAAGGACCUUCUUAGGUUUUUCUAUUGAGGAAACAACCAGGCCCUGCAGGCCAGGACUGCUACUUUUGGACAGGAAGGAAAGAAAACACUCUGUCCAAACAGAAGCAUCCUGAGAAGCUGCCUGUGGGACAGAUGUCUGCUGCCCUGCCAGAGGAAUACCCCAUCCUACCCUGGCUCACCCCCACCCAGGACCUCCUAGGGGCAGGUCUGUGUGUGGCUAGCUCUCUUCGUGUGCCCAACCUCCAGCAGAAGGUUGUCACCCCUCAGCUCACUACAGGAAACAGGCAUGCAUUUCUUACUCCUCUUGAGCCCUGUGGGGCGGUCAUAGCCCACCCGCGGAGUGCUGAAGGUUUUUUUUUUUUUUAGAAGCCUGGGCAUUUUAAUGGGACCUCCCACUUCUACACUUCUCUGCCACCCCCUUUUGAAUUCUUGCCCCAACGCGUGAGUCUCCAUUCAUAACGCAAUCAGCCUGCAGCUGAUUUGGGGUCUGGACUCCCUGGAGGCCAGGUCUUUGGGAGGGAAAGGGACUGUGUACCUUUAAGGGGUUGGCCCGCCGGGAGCGCAAGGUUUGUUGGAAGCGUUUCCUUUGGGGCCAUUCAGGAUCCCAGAUUCUUCUGCUACUUCAGACCUGGACAGCCCGUGGCCUCAGCGUAUCGCAGUGGCCCCAAGCGUUUGAGUCCUCGAAGAGCCUGCUGGGGACGUUGCUGGAGGGCUCAGCCUCGUCUAAGACACACCUAGGCACUGCCACUAUCCUGGCCAAGAUGGGCCUGCUGUUCCUUGUAUUGCUGCUGUCACUUUCCUGCAUCUGGGGACUGCCAUUCUACAAUGGCUUCUACUAUUCCCACGGCCCGCAUGGCAGGACCCUGAGCGACGGCUAUGGGGAAGGCCUUUUCAAUGGAGUGAAGCUGGUGGUGGAGACGACUGAGGAGUCCCUGUUCAGUCACCGGGGAGCCACUGUGACCCUGCCCUGCCACUACCACUAUGAGCCGGCCCUGGCGUCCCCCAGACAUGUGCGUGUGAAGUGGUGGAGGUUAUCAGAGAACGGGUCCCCGGAGCAGGAUGUGCUGGUGGCCAUCGGGCCGAGGCACCGCUCCUUCGGGGACUACCAAGGGCGAGUACAACUGCGGCAGGACACACAGCAGGAAGUCUCGCUGGAGCUCAGGGACCUGCGGUUGGAGGACUCUGGGCGCUACCGCUGCGAGGUCAUUGAUGGGCUGGAGGACGAGAGUGGCCUGGUAGAGCUGGAGCUUCGGGGCGUGGUUUUUCCCUACCAGUCCCCCGAAGGGCGCUACCAGCUCAACUUCCACGAGGCCCAACAGGCCUGCCAGGAGCAGGACGCUGUGGUGGCUUCCUUUGAGCAGCUCUUCCGUGCCUGGGAGGAGGGCCUGGACUGGUGCAACGCCGGCUGGCUGCAGGACGCCUCUGUCCAGUACCCUAUAGCGCUGCCCCGGCAGCCUUGCGGAGGCCUCGGCCUGGCGCCGGGUGUUCGCAGCUAUGGCCAGCGCCACCGCCGCCUGCACCGCUAUGAUGUGUUCUGCUUCGCUGCUGCCCUCAAGGGGUGGGUGUACUACCUGGAGCACCCUGAGAAGUUAACACUGCAGGAGGCCAGGGAGGCCUGCCGGGAAGACGGCACACAGAUCGCUACGGUGGGCCAGCUCUUUGCUGCUUGGAAGUUCCGUGGCCUGGAUCGCUGUGAUGCUGGCUGGCUGGCGGAUGGAAGUGCCCGCUACCCCAUAGUUCACCCACGCCCCAACUGUGGGCCCCCCGAGCCAGGAGUACGGACAUUCGGCUUUCCAGACCCACAUGCCCGCUAUGGUGUCUACUGUUACCGCCAGCGUUAGCAGAGUGGCCAGCUGUGCGUUCGUCCUGCCCCCCCCCCCCCAACUUCCUGACACAAGGGUCCACCUUGCCUUUUGGGAGUUGGGGCAUUGCUUGUAUUAUUUUUAUAUUUUCCAACUUAAACAUAUUGUUUUGUUUUGCUUCUCGAGACAGGGUUUCUCUGUGUAACAGUCCUAGCUGUCCUGGAACUCACUUUGUAGGCCAGGCUGGCCUCAAACUCGCUGAGAUCUGCCUGCCUCUGCCUCCCAAGUGCUGGGAUUAAAGGUGUGUGCCACCACCGCUUGGCAAUUUAAACAGUUUUUUUUUUUAAAGAUUUUUUUUUUUUCAGAUCCAACUCUCAAUUUUCUUGGCAUCCCUUUCUGGGACGUUUGAGGUCCACUGACCUUUAAAAGGCUCUGCCACAUUCUGGUACAGCUGGCACCCCUAACCCGAGGAAACUGGUGCCCAGAAUGAGCAGUGGCUGCAGCUAGCCCCCUUUCCUUGGCUUAGAGAAGGAGGAAGCUAAGUGCUGAUUCUUUUAAUUUCUGCACAGGCUCCUUAGACUUGUGGGUGAGGGCUUAGGGAAGGGACAACUUCCCUCUUCUCCUGGUUCCAGAGUCAGAAUACCCUUUCCAUGUCCCCAUUGGGUGUGACUCUGGGUGUGUGUACCUUCUUUGGCUAAUAAAUGGUGCUAUGAUUUACUUCCUCCUUCCAGCUGA